AUGAAUACGGACCUCGGGCAGUUCCUCAUCGAUUUUGAAAAGGAUAACCCCCUCGAUAAGAUGAGCAAAGACUUGCUCAGCAACAUAAAGUCCUUCGACGGUCUGGUGAGAAGCGACGGGUACACCUCAUGCCCGCCGCCAAAGCUGGCGCCGCCACCCGGACGUACCAGCGCCGGGCCGUUCGACUUCGAUUUCAACAGCACGUACGCGCACAACUCGCCGCAGCGCACUCCUGCGACGAACAGGGACUACGACGAUGACGCUUACGCUUGGGAAAGCAAGCACCUCCCAUCGGCCGUCCCGACGUUAGCGACCUCAUACACCUUCCCGCUUGCGUCCAGGGUGUACUGCAACUGCUUCUUCAAAAUCGUGCUGAACCACGCUGUUGCCGGGAUGUACAUCGGCAAGAACGGCUCCAACCUGAAACGGCUGCAGGACACGCUCAAUUUCAAACUUACGCAGUCGGGCCGCGGCAUGAAGGGCGACUUCACCGGCGUCGGGUACCCGUGCCACCGCACCAACACCACGCUGCUCUUCGAGGGCCGGCUGGUCGACAUACUCAUGGCGUUGCGCCCCCUGUACCGCAUCAUACAGAACGACAGGCUCGCGCUGGACGAGGAGUCCAAGCGCUUCAUCGGGGACAGGCUCCUGAACGUCAAGUUCGAGCUCGAACUCGUGAUCCCGCUUGAUAGGAAGCGCGCGCUCCUGCAGGAGGCGGGCGUCCGGUGCAACCGGCUGCGCAAGGCCGCCGGGGUGGACGUCAUCGCCGGCAAGCAGAACUACGAAUGGGGCAACAUCCGCGAGACCAUUGUCACGCUGCACGGGUUCGAAACGAACAUCGAAAAGGCGUGCGAAUGGCUGGGCAUAUUCGUCCAGAACUCCCCAGCCGUAUACAACAGGGAGUUCACCUUCAUGGAUUAUCCAAAGUACAGUCUGGCGGUACCAGACGGGUCCUACAACCAGAAAACGGGGCAGCUGCUGGCGACCAAAAACCCGUAG